GAGCCCCCCGCUUUAUGGGGGCUGGCAGCCGCAUGGCGGCGGCGUGGGGGCGGCUCCUGCGGGGGCCGCUUACGGCAGCCCCGGGCCGCGCUUGCAGCACGGGCGCGCCCGUGAGGGCUCCUUCUGCCGCGGCUCAGGAGCUGCAAAGCUCAGGAAGAGGACGUUUUCUACUGGAACAUGCUGCUCCCUUCUCUGCCUUUUUGACAGACAGCUUUGGGCGUCAGCACAAUUACUUGCGAAUUUCUUUGACCGAGAAAUGCAACCUUAGGUGUCAGUAUUGUAUGCCGGAGGAAGGUGUUCAGCUGACCCCUAAAUCAGAGCUACUUACUACUCAGGAAGUAAUCACCCUAGCCAGACUGUUUGUGAAAGAAGGCGUUGAAAAAAUUCGACUGACAGGAGGAGAGCCGCUUAUCCGUCCUGAUGUGGUUGAUAUUGUGGGCUUUCACAAAGUAAUGGAAGGAAUCCACAAAGCUACUGAACUUGGCUACCAUCCUGUUAAGGUAAACUGUGUGGUGAUGCGAGGUUUCAAUGAGGAUGAGCUGCUGGACUUUGUGGAUUUCACUAAAGAUCUGCCCCUUGAUGUGAGGUUCAUAGAAUACAUGCCCUUUGAUGGCAAUAAAUGGAAUUUCAAGAAGAUGGUAAGCUACAAAGAAAUGCUUGAUACAAUUAAACAGCGAUGGCCUGAACUGGUGAAAUUGCCCUGUGAGACUUCCAGCACAGCCAAGAGUUAUAAGGUGCCACAUUUCCAGGGGCAAAUCAGCUUCAUCACCUCCAUGUCAGAGCACUUCUGUGGAUCCUGCAAUCGACUGAGGAUAACAGCAGAUGGGAACUUAAAGGUGUGCCUUUUUGGGAAUUCAGAAGUGUCCUUGAGAGAUCACCUACGUUCAGGUGCCUCAGAGGAAGAGCUGAUUCAAAUCAUUGGAGCAGCAGUAGGCAGAAAAAAGAAGCAGCAUGCUGGUAUGUUUAACAUUUCCCAGAUGAAAAACCGGCCAAUGAUCCUGAUUGAGCCUGCACUGAUGUCAUUCCCACUACGCCAAGACACCCUACAGAAUCCCUCAAAUUCGGAACAGUGGGGCCACACGUUUAGCCGUUGGCUGACUUUGAGAGCAAGUUUACCUGAAAAAAUGGGAAAAGCAUUAAUUAAAAAGAAGCUUACAGGACCACUCUUCCUGCCAGGAACUCAUCCAGAGCAGCAUUGGUCCACGAACCCAGGAAUUCUACAAAUGCUGCUCAGAAGUUUCCAUGUCUUCCAGAAGGACCCAAGCUCCACAUUUGACACAAAGUGCCUUGAAGCUUUUCCUGUUGGCCAAGUUUCUGUUUCCAAAGAGGGAGGUCCAGGGUCUGAAUUCUGUACCAGGGAUUCAGAAUCUUGCACCAAGGUACCACGUGCCUCUGACAACUUGACUCACACUGAUGAGGAAGGGCGGGCUGCAAUGGUUGAUGUUGGAGGGAAGCCAGAUUCAAGAAGAAGUGCUGUUGCUGGUGCUGUUGUCCGCCUGGGUGAGAAGGCAUUUGGAAUGGUGAGGCAGAACCAGGUGAAGAAAGGGGAUGUGCUGGCAGUAGCCCAAAUUGCAGGAAUUCAGGGAGCCAAGCUGACCAGCCAGUUGAUCCCGUUGUGUCACAACAUCUCCCUCAAUCAUGUUGAGGUAUCUCUGAGCCUGGAUGAGGCCAGAUUUGCAGUGGUGAUUCGCAGCUCCUGUCAGACCUGGGGGAGGACAGGUGUGGAGAUGGAAGCUCUAACAGCUGCCAGCCUGGCUGCUCUGACUGUGUAUGACAUGUGCAAAGCAGUUACUCAGGACAUUGUGAUUGAAGAGGUCAAGUUGCUUAGUAAGACAGGUGGGCAGAGAGGAGACUUCUUGAGGGUCUAGAUCAUAUCCAGAUACCUCCAGGUGACCACUGUUCAUGAUCAGCCUGUUACAGAACUACUUUUGCCCAGCUAGUAGGCUUGGAGACCGCAGCAGCUCUGCCAUAAAACAACUCUACAAUUCCAGUUUUCCCAUCUUACUGAUGGGAAACAGUCACUUAUUCCUGUUGAUAACAAUGUGCAUAUUUUAGAGGACAGAUUUCUCCACUCUGCCACUACCUUAAUUUCAGAGUCCCCACUGUGAGCUUGAGCAAAUGUUCCUAGUUGUGCCAGAGAGCUGGUCAGUUUUUUCUUUUCUCCUGUGAAAUAUUCACAGCUGCUGUCAUCACCCAAUACAACUGUGAACACUGGAAACGAAGCAAGUGCUGUCAGUUGGCAACUCUUUAAGUUAAGGUUUGAGAUUUUAGAAUGGUGUCUGUCAGUCUGUCCUCAUGGCCUCUGUAGCUGGGAGGUGGUGACAGUAGGAAGAACACAGGUUUGGAGUAUUACCUUAUGGCAGAGGUUUAACAGUGAAACAGCCAGUGCCGGAGGGGCAGCUCCCGUUCUUGUGUAUUGCUACUGUUUCAUUUGUCUGCAAGUGGGAAAUAACAGGUUCAAAAGAAAACCAAGGCAGCAGCC